UCACACAUCGUCACACAUCGUCACCCCUCGUCACACCUCGUCACACAUCGUCACCCCUCGUCACACCUCGUCACACAUCGUCACACAUCGUCACCCCUCGUCACACAUCGUCACACAUCGUCACCCCUCGUCACACAUCGUCACACAUCAUCACCCCUCGUCACACCUCAUCACACAUCGUCACCCCUCGUCACACAUCGUCACCCCUCGUCACACAUCGUCACCCCUCGUCACACAUCGUCACCCCUCUUCACACCUCAUCACACAUCGUCACCCCUCGUCAUCGCACAUCAUCACCCCUCGUCACACAUCGUCACCCCUCGUCACACAUCGUCACACAUCGUCACCCCUCUCGUCACACAUCGUCACACAUCAUCACACCUCGUCACCCCUCGUCACACAUCAUCACACCUCGUCACCCAUCGUCACCCCUCGUCACACAUCAUCACACCUCGUCACCCAUCGUCACCCUCGUCACACAUCGUCACACAUCAUCACCCCUCGUCACACAUCGUCACACAUCAUCACCCUCGUCACACAUCGUCACCCCUCGUCACACAUCGUCACACCUCGUCACACAUCGUCACCCCUCGUCACCCCUCGUCACACAUCGUCACCCUCGUCACACAUCGUCACCCCUCGUCACCCCUCGUCACAUCGUCACCCCUCGUCACACCUCGUCACACAUCGUCACCCCUCGUCACACAUCGUCACACAUCGUCACCCCUCGUCACACCUCAUCACCCCUCUUCACACCUCAUCACACAUCGUCACCCCUCGUCAUCCCUCGCCACACACCUCGCCACCCCUCGUCACCCAUCACACCUCAUCACCCCUCGCCACACACCUCGCCACCCAUCGUCGCCCCUCGUCACCCCUCGUCACACAUCGUCACCCCUCGUCACACCUCAUCACCCCUCACAUCUCAUCACCCCUCACACCUCGUCACACCGAGGUGAGGGGUGACCAUGUGUGA